AUGGCUCCUCGCGCAAAUCGCGAAGAACUCAUCAAUGGACCUAAAACCUUUAAAAAGGUAGACGUUAUCAAGCCAAUUAAAGUGCUUGGAAAAAAAGGAAUUUCUGACCAACAACCUUGGUAUAUAAUCGUUGAUAACAAGGUUUAUGACAUUAAAGAUUUUGUGUCUGACCAUCCUGGUGGUGCAGUGAUUUUGACCCACAUCGGCAAAGAUUCAACUGAUGCAUUUUAUAAUUUUCAUCCCGAGGGGGCAAUUGAAAUUUUGGCAAAUUAUUAUGUAGGUGAUAUUGCCCAGGAAGACAUAAAAACUUCAAAAGAAGGGUUCACACAAGAAUUACGAGAAUAUAAAGAACUUUUUAAAAGGAGUAAUUACUUUGAGUCAUCAAAACCAUAUUACGCUCAAAAAGUAAUUCAUAACCUCAUCAUAUGGGCAAUUUCGGUUACAAUUUUAGCUAAAUUUGGGGAUAAUCUUUUUGGUGUUCUAUUAUCAGCUGCAAUGAUGGGAUUAUUUUGGCAACAAUGUGGCUGGUUAUCUCAUGAUUUCCUUCAUCAUCAAGUAUUUCAUAAUAGAAAAUAUAAUGAUUUGAUGGGUGCUUUUCUUGGUGGAGUUUGUCAAGGAUUUGAUCCAUCUUGGUGGAAAGAUAAGCAUAACACUCAUCAUGCGGCACCAAAUGUUCACGGACAAGAUCCAGAUAUUAAUACACAUCCAAUUUUGACUUGGUCAGAAUAUGCACUCUCUGAUAUAUUUAAUCCUGAAAUGGCUAAAAUCAAUGCAAAUAAUCUUCCACCAUGGCUUACCAGAUUUAUGGUUGAAUAUCAAACUUUGAAUUAUUUCCCAAUUUUAUGCUUAGCAAGGAUUUCAUGGUGCAUUCAAAGUAUUUAUUUUGUCCUUCCUAAUGGUCAAAAUGGAAAACCUGCGAAUGCUCGUAUGCCAAUUGCUUUAACAGAGCAACUUUCACUUGGCAUACAUUACGUCUGGUACUUUUACAUUUUCUCUUUUAUAAGCAGUUGGAAAUUAAUAAUCACAUUUUUUUUUGCAUCACAAUCAAUAUGUGGUUUAUUAUUGGCUUUGGUGUUUGCAUUGAAUCAUAAUGGUAUGGCAAUCCUCACAGAAGAGGAGGCUCACGAAAUGGACUUUUUUGUUGAGCAAGUUAUCACUGGAAGAGAUGUAAUAGCCUUAAAUCCAAAUUUACAAUUUGUUGUAGAUUGGUUUUGCGGAGGAUUAAAUUAUCAAAUUGAACAUCAUGUUCAACCAAUUGUUCAAACUUUAUGUGAAAAAUAUGAAAUACCUUAUCAUAGAACUACAUUUUUUGGAGGCACAAAAGAAGUUUUCAAUCGAUUGGGACAAGUUUCUGCUUCAAGUCGAAAAUUAGCUUAA